AUGUUUUUCAGCACCAAGACUCUUUUGAGACCGACGCGCCUCAGCCACUACCGCGAGACCGGUCAAAAAGGGGGCAUUCUUGUUUACUUCGGUCCCCAAAGCGGCGUUCAAGAACGAUCCGAGACCGUCGAUCUUGAGCAACGCAGCUGCGGAAACGUAUGGACACAGCCAAAGUGUGAUACUAAAAAUGCCGCACGUAACGGCAACUGUGACGCUCUUGUGAGUGAGCUUUACAAUGACGGCGAUGUUGCGAUUCCCGGAUCACCUCGCCAGAUUUGCUACCAAGGCGACUCCGACAAGAACGCAUUUUGCUGUGUCUCAUGGCGCAAUGCAGUUAAAAACCUCCGGAAACGAGACCUGGCCCCCUAUGCCAGUGCGAUCCUCAAUCAAUGCACCCAAAAUGGCAUUUCCGGCAAGACUACGAACAUCCCGCUCCGCAGCGUGUGUACCAGUGUCUGCUUGUCAAACCGUGGAACUCAUUGCUAA